AUGUCUGCCUUAAUGUGCGAGAGGAACCUGAGACUGUGUGGUACUGAAACAUACACUGAGGGAGAGCCCCCUGGGUUUUCCGCCGGCACCAAAGGGGAGUCCUUUGAUCUCUUUUAUCAUGUGGGACGCAGCGCGUGUGGCGGUUGUGCCCGUGGCCCUCACGCAGCGCACGGCGGCGUGCCCCCUGGGCCCUUCCCGCCAGGCCACCCUGUCUGUGCCUUGCCAGCCCCACUGCAAGAGAGGUUGCGGGACCUUUCCUUUCCCCACUCCUGUGUCCAACUCGGGUUCCUUUUCUGUUCCCUUCCUUCCGCUCCCCGCCAGGAAUCCAAAAACCACUUAGCUGGCCUCGGGGCCCUCGGCCUGGGGAACCUCAUCACCGAAAUCACAGCCAGUGAAGACGAAGCUUCCGAAACGGAUGGAGCCCAACUGGACGAGGAAGGUUGGGUUAAGAGCACUGACGAUGCUGUUGAUUAUUCUGACAUUAACGAGGUGGCUGAAGAUGAGAGCCGCAGGUACCGGCAGGCGAUGGGCAACCUUCAGCCUGUUCAGAGGGCAGAUGACGACGACUACGAUGCAGAUUCUGAAGACAUUGAUUCCAAGCUGAUGCCUCCUCCUCCCCCGCCUCCAGUACAAGCGAAGAAAGAGGACGAAAAGGAAGCUCCUUUCUCUGGGUCCGAAGAUGGCGAUGGCAUCAUUCUGCCCUCCAUCAUUGCUUCUUCUUCCGCGGCCUCCGAGAAGAUGGAUUUCAGCAGCUCUUCGGAUUCCGAAUCCGAGAUGGGGCCCCAGGAUUCGCGGAAAGCCGAGUCCAAGGAAGGCAAGCUGACGUUGCCCCUGGCGGGGAUCAUGCAGCGAGAUGCCACCAAGCAGCUGCCCAGUGUGACUGCGCUCUUCCCUGAGUUCCGACCAGGCAAGGUGCUGCGCUUUCUCCGCCUCUUUGGCCCCGGGAAGAACGUCCCCUCGGUUUGGCGCAGCGCUCGCCGAAAGCGCAAGAAGAAGCACCGGGAGUCAACUCCAGAGGCCCAGAGCCAGGAGGGAGAAGCCACGGCUGAGGCUGGUGUGGAGCGAAAAUCUCCCUGGGAAUACGAAUAUGCUCCUCCUCCUCCUCCAGAGCAGUGCCUUUCUGACGACGAGAUCACCAUGAUGGCCCCCGUGGAGUCCAAGUUCUCCCAGUCGACCGGAGAUGCGGACAAAGUGGCCGACACCAGGCCCAAGGUGGCCGAGUGGCGCUACGGGCCCGCCCAGCUCUGGUACGACAUGCUGGGCAUCCCUGAAGACGGCGGCGGCUUCGACUAUGGCUUCAAGCUGAAGGAAGACGCCGAGGAGAAUGAGAGCAACGAGGCUGAGAGGGAUGAGCUGCUUGCGGACGAGCACUUCCUCAUGGUCACCCAGCUGCAGUGGGAGGACGACGUGAUCUGGAAUGGGGAGGACAUCAAGCACAAGGGGACCAAGACGCAGCGGGCCAGCCUGGCAGGCUGGCUGCCCUCCAGCAUGACCCGGAACGCGACUGCCUACAAUGCACAGCAAGGUUUGAACCGCAGUGGCUCUCUGCUCAACUUGCCUGUUCCUCUGGUGCAGAAGCCCAGCAUGGGAGGAAUCUUGGGCCUUGCCAAGGGCAAAGAGAAGCAGCUCCCAGACCAGCAAGCCUCUCUGGAUGAAGACAAGCCCUGGUAUUCGAUCUUCCCCAUUGACAAUGAAGAGCUGGUUUAUGGCCGUUGGGAGGACAACAUCAUCUGGGACGAUGAGGCCAUGCAGUCCGUCCUGGCCCCGCCGGUCCUGACCCUCGAUCCGAAUGACGAGAACAUCAUCCUGGAGAUUCCCGACGAGAAGGAAGAGAUGACCUUGAAUUCUCCUUCCAAGGAGAACAAGAAGGAGUCUUCUCUGAAGAAGAGCCGGAUCCUCCUGGGGAAGACCGGAGUCAUCAAGGAAGAGCCUCAGCAGAAUAUGUCUCAGCCGGAGGUGAAGGACCCCUGGAACCUCUCCAAUGACGAGUUUUAUUAUCCCAAGCAGCAGGGGCUUCGGGGGACUUUCGGAGGCAACAUCAUUCAGCACUCGAUCCCUGCCGUGGAGCUCCGGCAGCCGUUCUUCCCCACCCACAUGGGCCCCAUGAAGCUGCGCCAGUUCCACCGACCCCCGCUGAAGAAAUACUCCUUUGGGGCCUUGUCGCAGCCUGGUCCCCAUACGGUGCAGCCCUUGCUGAAGCACAUUAAGAAGAAAGCCAAGAUGCGGGAGCAGGAGCGGCAGGCCUCUGGCGGUGGAGAGAUGUUCUUCAUGCGCACCUCCCAGGACCUCACCGGCAAGGAUGGAGACCUCAUCCUGGCUGAGUACAGUGAAGAGAAUCCCCCUCUGAUGAUGCAAGUGGGCAUGGCGACCAAGAUCAAGAACUAUUACAAGCGGAAACCGGGCAAGGACCCUGGCGCCCCCGACUGUAAAUACGGAGAGACCGUCUACUGCCACACGUCCCCGUUCUUGGGCUCCCUGCACCCGGGCCAGUUGCUCCAGGCGUUUGAAAACAAUCUCUUCCGGGCUCCAAUCUACCUUCACAAGAUGCCUGAAACAGACUUCCUGAUCAUCCGGACGCGGCAGGGGUACUACAUCCGGGAGCUGGUGGACAUUUUUGUCAUUGGUCAGGAGUGCCCUCUUUUUGAAGUACCUGGUCCAAACUCCAAGCGGGCCAACACCCACAUCCGAGACUUCCUGCAGGUUUUCAUCUACCGCCUGUUCUGGAAGAGCAGAGAUCGUCCCCGGAGGAUCCGCAUGGAGGAUAUUAAAAAGGCCUUCCCUUCCCACUCGGAGAGCAGCAUCCGGAAGCGGCUGAAGCUCUGUGCAGACUUCAAGCGCACAGGGAUGGACUCCAACUGGUGGGUCCUCAAACCGGACUUCCGGCUGCCGACCGAAGAGGAGAUCCGGGCCAUGGUGUCCCCAGAGCAGUGCUGCGCCUAUUACAGCAUGAUCGCUGCCGAGCAGCGCCUGAAGGAUGCGGGCUAUGGUGAAAAAUCCUUUUUUGCCCCAGAGGAAGAAAAUGAGGAGGACUUCCAGAUGAAGAUUGACGAUGAGGUGCGCACGGCUCCCUGGAACACCACUCGGGCCUUCAUUGCAGCCAUGAAGGGAAAAUGUCUCCUGGAGGUGACCGGGGUGGCAGACCCGACCGGGUGCGGAGAAGGGUUCUCUUACGUCAAAAUCCCAAACAAGCCGACACAGCAGAAAGACGACAAGGAGCCACAGCCCGUGAAGAAGACGGUGACGGGGACGGACGCAGAUCUCCGGCGCCUGUCUCUCAAAAAUGCAAAGCAGCUCCUGCGCAAGUUUGGGGUUCCUGAAGAAGAGAUCAAGAAACUCUCCCGCUGGGAGGUGAUCGACGUGGUGCGCACCAUGUCCACAGAGCAGGCUCGCUCGGGCGAGGGGCCCAUGAGCAAAUUUGCCCGCGGGUCUCGCUUCUCGGUAGCCGAACAUCAGGAGAGGUACAAAGAGGAGUGUCAGCGCAUCUUUGACCUGCAGAACAAAGUCCUGGAGUCCACGGAGAUCUUGUCCACGGACACCGACAGCAGCUCUGCUGAGGACAGCGACUUCGAGGAGAUGGGGAAGAAUAUUGAGAACAUGCUCCAGAACAAGAAGACCAGCUCCCAGCUGUCCCGGGAGAGGGAGGAGCAGGAGCGGAAGGAGCUGCAGCGCAUGCUGAUGGGCGAGGACAGCGGCAACGACAAGGAGAGGAGCAAGAAGGAUCGGAGGGACAAGAAGGGGCUGGCCUCCACUCCAGGAAAUCUGGGAAGCUCUCACAAGGAUGACGAUACGGCCUCCGUGACCAGCCUUAACUCCUCUGCCACCGGCCGCCGCCUGAAAAUCUACCGCACCUUUCGGGAUGAGGAUGGGAAGGAAUACGUGAGAUGCGAGACCGUCCGCAAGGCGGCCGUUAUUGAUGCCUACUGCAGGAUACGGACCACCAAGGAUGACGAGUUCAUCCGGAAGUUUGCUCUCUUCGAUGAGCAGCACCGAGAGGAGAUGCGGAAGGAGAGGCGCCGGAUCCAGGAGCAGCUGAGGCGUCUCAAACGGAACCAGGAGAAGGAGAAACUGAAGGGCCCGCCUGAGAAGAAGCCCAAGAAGAUGAAAGAGCGGCCAGACCUGAAGCUAAAGUGUGGGGCUUGUGGGGCCAUCGGGCACAUGAGGACCAACAAGUUCUGCCCCCUCUACUACCAAACCAAUGCUCCACCCUCCAACCCGGUGGCCAUGACUGAGGAGCAGGAGGAGGAGCUGGAGAAGACGGUCAUUCCCAAUGACAACGAAGAGCUGAUCAAAGUGGAGGGGACCAAGAUCGUCUUGGGGAAGCAGCUCAUUGAGAGCGCUGAUGAGGUUCGCCGGAAGUCUUUAGUCCUGAAGUUCCCGAAACAGCAGCUUCCGCCAAAGAAAAAACGGCGUGUUGGAACCACAGUUCACUGUGACUAUUUGAACCGGCCGCACAAGUCCAUCCAUCGACGGCGCACGGACCCCAUGGUGACGCUGUCCUCUGUGCUGGAAAGCAUUAUCAACGACAUGCGAGACCUUCCCAAUACAUACCCUUUCCACCAGCCUGUUAAUGGGAAAGUGGUGAAAGAUUAUUACAAGAUCAUCACCAAGCCCAUGGACCUGCAGACGCUGCGCGAGAAUGUCCGCAGACGCCUCUACCCCUCGCGGGAGGAAUUCCGAGAACACCUGGAGCUGAUUGUGAAGAACAGUGCCACCUACAACGGGCCGAAGCACUCCCUGACCCAGAUCUCUCAAUCCAUGCUGGACCUCUGUGACCAGAAGCUCAAAGAGAAAGAAGAUAAGCUGGCUCGUUUGGAGAAGGCGAUCAACCCCCUCCUGGAUGAUGAUGACCAAGUAGCCUUCUCUUUUAUUCUGGACAACAUUGUCACGCAGAAGAUGAUGGCGGUUCCAGAUUCCUGGCCCUUUCAUCAUCCUGUUAACAAGAAAUUCGUGCCAGAUUAUUACAAAGUUAUUGUCAACCCAAUGGACCUGGAGACCAUCCGCAAGAACAUCUCCAAGCACAAGUAUCAGAACCGAGAGGUCUUUCUGGAUGACGUGAAGCUCAUCCUCACCAACAGCAUCAAAUACAAUGGGCCGGACAGCCAGUACACCAAAACAGCUCAAGAGAUUGUCAACAUCUGUUACCAGACUCUAGCAGAGUAUGACGAGCACUUGACCCAGCUGGAGAGGGACAUCUCCACAGCGAAGGAGGCAGCCCUGGAGGAGGCAGAUCUGGAGAGUUUGGACCCAAUGACCCCAGGGCCCUACACACCGCAGCCACCAGAUCUCUAUGACACCAACACGUCACUGAGCAUGUCCCGGGAUGCUUCUGUCUAUCAGGACGAGAGCAAUCUGUCUGCCCUGGACACUCCCACGACCACCCCUGAGAAGCAAGGAGUGCAGAUCCGGCAGGGCCGAGGUAGGCUGGGCGAGGAAGACUCUGACGUAGAUAUUGAAGGGUUUGAUGAGGAUGAGGAUGGGAAACCUAAGACUCCGGCCCCAGAAGUGGAAGACGGCGACAGGGACCUGGCUGACGAGGAAGAGGGCUCGGCCCAGCCACCGCAGGCCAGCGUGCUCUAUGAGGACUUGCUCAUGUCGGACGGGGAGGACGACGACGGCAGCGACGAGGAAGGCGAUAACCCGUUCUCGUCGAUUCAGCUGAGCGAAAGUGGGAGUGAUUCAGAUGUUGAGCCUGGGGCCAUGAGACCAAAGCAGCCUCACGUGCUUCAGGAGAAUACUCGGAUGGGCAUGGAUAACGAAGAGAGCAUGAUGUCCUAUGAGGGAGCUGGAGGGGAGACCUCACACGCCAUGGAGGACAGCAAUGCCAGUUACGGCAGCUAUGAGGAACCCGGCCCAAAGUCCAAUACUCGAGAUACCAGUUUCAGUAGCAUGGCGGGCUACGAAAUCUCUGAGGAAGAGGACGAGGAGGAGGAAGAAGAAGAAGAGGAACAGCGGUGUGGUCCCAGUGUGUUAAGUCAGGUUCCUCUGUCAGAAGAUGAGGAAGACAGUGAGGACUUCCAUUCCAUUGGAGGAGACAGUGAUCUGGAUUCGGACGAGUAAGGCCACUUCCCAAGCGGCUGAUGAGCGAGGAUUUUGGACCAGUAACCAAGCCUUCCAGGACUUGACAUACAAGAGCUUUCUGUUUGUUCUCCACUUGAAAGGUGGAUUUGGACACUCUGUGCCAUGAAAGACAUUGAUGUUCUUCCUACUCCUGCUUUCUUUCUUCCUAAGUCAGUAUUGUGUGUGGGUGUGAGUGUACAUAUUUAUGGUUACCAUGAACUGAAUGUUUCUUUUCUUUUUUCUUCCAUGCAAGGAAUUCUGCUAAAGCGCCUGUUUUGACAUUUGUCGGCUUCUUCCUAUUUGUAAUAUCGUGCCCCUGGCAGGUUGAAAACAUUACAAACUUGGGAGCUCAGGUGGCCCACGGGCGCCGUACCUGUUUGACCAUAAAAUCAUUACGCUUCCAAGUGAGAAGGUUGCAGGUCACCGGCUGCAUUUGCAGCUGAGGAACAAGCACGUCAAAACAUUUCCCUAGACUGUGAAUAAACCUGUUUGUGUAAACACC